GAGCACUGAGCACACGUGUGGUCAGCAAUUGGGGCACUUCAGACAGACUCGGAGUUCUGAGAAAUCGUUUUCUUGUGUCUUUGAAACGUUCAACAUGUCAUCGCUCAGUUUUUGAUUACCCUCUCCUGGGGUUUGCCGAAUUGCUGUGGGCCGAUCAAAAGAAACGACUCGGUUGAGGAAACAGAUCUACCAUCACAACAACCGUCACCCCCUCCAUCAAGCCACUCGUUGGCUGAUUCUCUUUAUCCUGCAUGACUUUUAGUCGCACGAGACAACCAAAUGACACCAGAUCAGACCCAGUCAACGUCUAUCCAGCCCAUGACUUGCUUUCUUUACCAUUCCCGCUGGCAAUAACCAUAUCUCGGCCGAUUGAACAAGCUCCCGUCACUUGCUCCUCUAGAUUGGCUCUGCUACCCGAAGACCCCUCCUUUUUCCCCAGAAAUUCAUCUAGACCGCCUCGAUCAUCGCUCGAUCCUCAGACAAAAGCAUCCACAGAUGACUUCAUAGGCGUUCCUCAAGCUGUGUCGAACUCGAAGUUAGCCCACAGACGGACCCCUCCGCGUUGCCAAUCGAAGAAGUUCAGGGUGGAAUGUCUUGGGACGCACAAUGGCCAGUAGGGAGGGGUUGGAGAGCAUCCCGAUCUGGAGCCAAGAACUUAUCACUGCUGAUGCAGCAUGCUUGAUGUAGCAGCAAAGUUGAGUGCAUUGUUGGGAUGAGAGGUCGGUCACCGCUCCUGUGGGUGGCAUUUCCCUGCAGCAAUGCAAGCACGCUGGGUGAUAGUCUGAUGCGGAGUUUCCAGCGGUGCCCGCAGCAAGCAACAAAGAGUCAUCGUCGUUUUGUUGCAGCGUCCCCCUCCUGAGGCUAUUGAGCUGCGUUGCCAUCAUACUAUUGAGGCGGCUUGAUGGUGUGUCUCGGUGGAACGAGUCUGCAUACACAAUGCAACCCAACACAUGGCAUACGAAGGGCCCUCUCGUCCAUCCCACCACGGUCUCAUCCGCUCGAUGCCUUUUCAAUCUGGAUUGUCGCUACCCAAGCACAGCACAGACGGCUCUGUCAAACUUUGGGGACGACUCGGCUGUCUAUGAGCAUUGGAUGGGUGACCUCACCCGGUUCCGUCGUCACGGCUUUGCUCUGCCGGAAGCCGUUGGAGAUUCGAGACUUCAGCCGACAUCUUUCUUCCUAUCUCUUCCACUAUUUUGGCCUCCCUGUCUCCGACGAUAUGACGACAGACAUCUGAACAGUCGAUUUUUCAAAAGGACUGCACAUCCCUUAGCGCCACCAGCCCUCUUUCAAUGUCGCUCAAAAUGAAGUGCAGAACUGCCACAACUACUAAUAAUCACCACCACGUGACGGUGCAAUUGACUCCUAUUCCCCGUAGUUUACCCCUCUUCCCCCUCAACCUUGAUCUCGAUCGCCCGCUUGCACUGGGCUCUUCCCCAUAGUUGGUCCGCGGACAACCUAAGCGGACUGGGCUUUGUCGCAACCCCAAAGGUUCCAGACCCUUUCCCGACUAACCGUCACUCUGACGAUCAUUGCGGGAUAAAAGGUGAUAGGCGUUGCUGCACAUACGCUUGUCAGACACUCAAACAACUUUGAUUCCCCUUGUCUCUACCUGUUACACACCUGACAAGCCACAAGCGAAGACCCUGUGUAGGUAAUAGUAAGACAUCUGAUCCCCAUCGACGGCCUCCCCUCGUGAUCCCCCACUUCUGUUUGCUCAACUUCAGCUAUUGGAAGCUGCAGUGCCACCAUCCCUCGAAUGCCCACCCCAAGCUCGGACGACUCUUCUUGCUUAUUAGCCACCUCUACUGGGCCAAGCAAAGCUGUGGUCCCGGUGGCCUUUUUCACAGCAGAAUCAGCUAUCUGGUUAGCUUUGCUGUUUGGUGCUGCUGUGGGACAUCAGGAUGCUAUAAAUGUCUCAAGAUUGCUGUAAACUUUGGGCUUCCCUGUUUGACGAUGGCUUCAGCUUUGUGUCCUGGCAAAUGAAAAGCCAUGGACACACGGUAGUCAGGCUUCAGACCACCACAAGACGGAAAGGUUUCCCGGGAGUUUCUGGUUCACAACGGUCUCUAGGGGCCCUAAUGCCAUCCAAAAAGACAUAUCACAUCUCCCAUUGCAUAGCUCACCGGACAGUUUUCCCCGCUCAAGGACGUUGGGCUCGCAGUUGGGGGCGUCCUGAUCAAUAACGUACCGUACCACAGCAUACCUUCGUUGAACCCCAAGUCACCCCAUCAUCACAUUCACCACGUUCACAUGCUCAUCUCAUAGCUGGUCUCAGUCCAUCUUGCAAACUGGUAGCAAUGGUUGUGAUGAUACAGCUUGUAGGCUACACCAAUCAAAAGUGAACCAACACCUUCAAUAAUCCAGGACAGUCAAGAAUUCCCCACGCUCACGUUCGAGAGUCCGCAUCCACCACCCUCCCCAUCCCCCCAAAAAUCCCGUCAGUCUUCCUCAGCACAUCCACGCUCGCCCACCUCAACCUCCUCGCCUCAAGCCACCUCCCCUUCUCCACCCACCUCUGCUCCAACCACUUCGCCAGCCCGGCCGCAUCCCCCGGCAACUCCUCAAUGGGGAACCUCCUCACAUGUACAUGAAAUCGAUACCCCACCCCCCCUUGCUCCCUAGUCAGACUCAAUUUCGGGACUGCAAUCGUCUCCCACAUCGUCGGCGCCUUUUGAAACUCCUCCCCACACUGAUACGCCAACGUCAAAUCAUACACCGCCUUGACAUGCGGCGCCUUCCUCAAAUGCUGCACCGUAGCAAUAAAUCCCCUCGUCCUCGGAUAGAGCAGAUACUCUGGUUGGGGUUUGCUAUUCUGCCUGCACCAGAGCCGUGACUGGAGGUAUUUCUCCGGUGUAAACCGUGACCCUUCCGAAAAGGAUACCAGCCCUACAAACAUAUCAUUAGCCCCUCAUCAUCAUCAACUUUCCCCCCAAAGAAACCUCACAAGUCUUCCACCCUUCUUCCUUCACCCCCCUGAAAACCCUCUCUAACUCCCUCUUAUCCCUCGUCCACUCCCUCGUAACAGUAGGCAUGCCCAUCCCCCAUAAUCCCUAACCCAAGAACGGAACCCACUUCAACCCCGCCUUUGCAAAAUAUCUCGUGUGGCUUCCCAUGUUUGCUUUAUCAGCAGCAGCUUGAACAAGGUAAAAGUCUGACCAGGCGACGUGGUUUGAUAUGACGAUGGCGGACUCUUUUGGCAAGGGGGUGUCGCCGGAAAAGGUGAUUUCGGCGCUGUUGAUCGCAGUGAAGAUGUGCUGGAUGAAGCGGUAGACUAGCGUGCCGGCGAUGAGGGAGCAGAGGGUGUGGAUUAAAGAGGAGGGGAGGAGGAGUUUGGCGAAGGGGAGCAGGAACAGGGUUAGGUUGGCGAGGCCGGUGGAGAGGAGGAAGGGGGUGACGAGGAGGAGGCCACGGAGGGGAUGGGGGAAGAGGUUGGUGAGGCAGGUCAUGGUGUUGGGUUGUUGUCUGUAUGGAUGCUAACAAUGAAUGAUGCGAGGUUAUUGUAAAGGUAAGAUGGCUGUCACCAGGCUUGAGACCAGCUGGCUGGGUGAAGGGAGAGGGUUUGGCGAUGCUCGAAGCACCUUUGUUUUCAUCAUGGUGAAGUGUUCGACCAUGGGCGGGAAGAGCACAGCUCAGGAAGGCACGGCUAAGUUGCGUGUGUUUUCCAAGGGCAGGAACUCCCAAGUGGUAGGUAGUUGACCUUCCGGGCAUCCAAGGUAAAAUGAUGAAGUUCGUCAAUGAAGAAGUGUAGAUCCACUAGGUUAUUUACGACGCAUCAUGCACGCGCACCAAAAGGCAGCCGUCAUGACUCUAGCUGGAGUCUACAAGGCCGCCGCUUCAUCAAUCAGAAUGAGAUGACGUCCGUCGAGACUCAGGAAUACCCUGGCCGGUCGUUAGCUUUGAGACGGCGAUAUCUUGGCCGUGGGUUAGGUGACAAGCUUGGUGUUUGAUCGUUGCGGGAGCGCACACCAGACAUAACCCCUGUCCGACUCCACGAUUGACCUCGUGUGAUCUGCUCAAGGCUCCCAUGCCAUCUGCUCCAUUCUCUACAGCAGAAUUGCUUCCAAACCUUGAGUAGAAAACCUAUUAUAUACCAACACAUCAAUACCAAACUCACCGUACUGCCUUCCCUUUCGAAACACUGGUGUUCUCCUUGUGCAUGCUUCCGGCGAUAAGACGCAAUGCCAAGGAGAUACGCAACCCUCAUCGCCAAGCUUUCUAGCGCUUCGUGGGGGUCGCCUCUCUGGCUUCCAGAACAAUAAUCUUGUGAUUCACAUUAUGUUGCUUUUCGAACACAAAAAGACGAUGCCUUCUUCAAAACUGUAUGGAUUCGAGCUCGGUCUCGCCUACAGAAACAACCAAACUCCACAAUUCAUUUGGCCUGGGAAUCCCUGCCUCAGCGAGGAAUCCGCCAGCCUUGCCCACAGUGGGAUCUCAACCCCGCCAAACUCAGGUCCUCUUCAGCUUGGAGACUGGACAGUGAUACCUCCCCGCAGCUCCGUUGGAAGUCAGCUUCGGCCUCUUGUCCAAAACCAUCCAAUCGUCUCAUCAUCUACUAGGAGGAGACUUACCAAGGGCUUGUCUGUGUCGCAAGACAUGUAUUCUUUCUGAAGGCCUUGAUCGAGGCUAAUCAGGUUGAUUUUUUUGGCCUCUAACAUCGUUCCCUCGGCACCAGUUUCAUGAUUACUUAGAAGCAGAUAAACUGCACCCCCAAAUUGACUGCCAAGCUCAGGCACGCCAGCUCGCCAUUCCAAAUGGACCCGGCAUGAAGUAGGCGCAGCAAUCAUCACCAGGCGCCCCCCACCGUCGUUGACGACGGAAACAAGUUCGCAGAAUUGUUUACCACCAUAUUUCCCGUUGCGUCGAUUCCUCUGCAUGACUUCCCGAGGCUUUUCCAACACAAAAUACCUGCCUGUCUUGUUUUCCCAGAUAGACCCCGUCCUCCUAAACUCGACGGCGUUCAAGUCGGCGCAUGAGCUUGCCUCGGGCCCCCCCACAUCUUCGUCUAGACCAGAUCGCAUAUCUGUGUAUUGUCAUUCUUCCCACUGCCCGGCGCGCUUCCGGCGCACCAAAAAGUACCAGUUCCGAAGGGCCACGAAUAGCAUUUCCCAGUCUUCCACACCAAUAGUUACGACAGUAACAACAUGUCUUCAUCGUUGUCGCCAGACGACUACAAUCUCGAUGCGGGACCCUCGGAUCAGGACACAGGCCCGCUGUCUUCACUGAACCUCGAAUUUAUGAAAAAUAUCACCGACAAGAAGUCAACAACGAAGGCUGGGCAGCCUCCAAAGCGUCGAGGACCCAAGCCCGACAGCAAGCCUGCGCUGACCAGAAGACAAGAGCUGAACCGACAAGCACAAAGAACACACCGAGAGCGCAAAGAACGAUAUAUCAAGGCCCUCGAAGACGAAGUCCUUCGGCUCAAAGAGGCAUUCACUCAUGCCUCCCAGGAUAAAGCCCAGCUGGCUGAGGAAAAUUGCCAGCUCAAGGCGCUCCUAAGCCAAGGGGUGGCUGUGGGUGGUCCCAGUUUGUUGGACGAUUCUUUGAGCAACCCAAGUCUAGGCUACGAGUCCGGUCCCGCCAGCAUCACCGGGAGCUACGCGCCAAUAUCGAGCAAUACAAGCAACUUCACUGCGUCGCCCCUCCCAACCGGCGGAAUGGGACGCCAGAGCGGCCCGUCACCAAACAAUGGGGGUAUGGGAGGGUUCGAGAACAAACCGAAUCCGAAUCCGAAUCCGAACCUCGAUUACGAGCAACUUGGGAUCGAUUUUGUGUUAACGCUCGAGAGACCUUGCAUGGAACACCUACCAUGGCUACUUGACCGAACUGUCGAAUCGGGCGGAGUCGAACCCUGCGGACAUGCUCUCAUGGCAUCGUGCCCACCCGAGUCGUUUACCCAGAUGGCCCCUGAGGUCCCGUUUGGACACAACUACAGUGGAGAAACCAAGACACACAAUCAAGGUGUCACCGAUCAUGGCCGUACUGGAGAGCAGCCGCGUACAUGGGAUUUGGCAAAGCCCGACUUGGCAACGUUGAUGGACCUCAGCCAGAAACUGAAUCUUGAGGGGGAGAUCACACCUGUAAUGGCGUGGGGGAUGGUGGUGACGCACCCGGGUGUUAAUAUGUUGAGGAUGGAAGAUUUUAGAAAGCUGGCUGAUGAGUUGGCUGGGAAGGUUAGGUGUUAUGGGUUUGGUUCUGUGAUGGAGGAGUUCGAGGUUCGAGAUGCGUUGGAGAAUGUUUUCUCGACGAAAUCGGAGCUUGUACUGGGAUAUUGA